GCUACACGUUCUCCACGAAAUAUCCGAUGCCCAGUCGUCGGAGACAUAGCUACGCCGGCGGAUCUUCUCCUGCAACCACAUCUUCUAACUACAGUAACACUACUUUCACCGAUCGUUCCUUCCCUACCCCUGCCCGUACUCCCACCGACAAACCCAGCUCCAUCGCUCGUCGGAUCUCCGGUAUCUUCAUCAGCUGCUUCACUCCUCCCGAUCCCGGUAUCGACCAUUCAAAGUCAUCUUCCGACAAUAAUAUCCGUAGUAGACGUAGCUCAACAGCAAGUGUACAGAGGAAUUAUGGAAAUGCAACCGAAACAGAGUUCACCUUCGAUGAAAUCUACGACGCUACCAAGAACUUCUCUCCAUCCUUCAGGAUCGGUCAAGGCGGUUUUGGCACUGUUUACAAGGUCAAACUCCGAGAUGGCAAAACCUUUGCUGUCAAACGUGCCAAAAAGAGUAUGCAUGACGACCGUCAAGGUGCAGAGUUUAUGAGUGAGAUUCAGACCUUGGCUCAAGUUACGCAUUUGAGUUUGGUUAAGUACUAUGGAUAUGUCGUUCACGACGACGAGAAGAUUCUCAUUGUCGAGUAUGUAGCCAAUGGAACUCUUAGAGAUCACUUGGAUUGCAAGGAAGGAAAGGCUCUCGACAUGGCGACUCGGCUAGAUAUCGCAACCGAUGUAGCACAUGCCAUAACCUAUCUUCACAUGUAUACACAGCCACCUAUCAUCCACAGAGACAUCAAAUCUUCAAACAUUCUCCUCACUGAGAAUUUCAGAGCCAAGGUUGCUGAUUUCGGGUUUGCAAGAUUAGCUCCAGAUUCCGAAUCAGGAGCCACGCAUAUCUCAACACAAGUCAAAGGAACAGCAGGUCGGCGUCCCAUUGAGCUUAGCAGAGGACAAAAAGAACGCAUCACCAUUAGAUGGGCGAUCAAGAAGUUCACGAGUGGAGAUACGAUAUCGGUAUUGGACCCGAAGCUAGAACAAAAUCCAGCGAACAGCUUAGCAUUAGAGAAGGUAUUGGAGAUGGCGUUUCAAUGUCUAGCUCCUCAUAGACGUUCGAGACCAAGCAUGAAAAAAUGCAGUGAGAUUUUGUGGGGAAUUCGUAAAGAUUAUAGAGAGUUGCUCAACACAAGUCUUUGAGAUUCUCUACGCCUUAUAUAAUAUGGUUUUGAAAAAACUAUUAUCAUUUGUAUGAAUUUUAAUUUGUCAUACACGAUUAUUCUUGUACGAGAAUUGUUGAUUUGUAAUUGAUUUCUCUUUUGGAACAUAAUAUAAUAUUAACGUGUAUUUGGUGUUAAUAAAUUGAGUAUUACCAU